CACUGAAAUCCUCUCCGUCGAAGAGGGGUCGUGGGGGUCUGGCUGCGGCCAAGUACAGCGGCCCCGGGGCGGCCUGGUCAGCCAGCCAGCUGCCGUUUGUGAGAGACGAAAACAUCUUCGACCUGAGAGGGGCACGAAGCUUCCCCACGCUGGAAGACGAUGGUCGGGCGGACGUGCUUCCCUGCACCCCUCCCUCGUUCGAGGAAGCCACCACAGCCUCCAUCGCCACCACGCUCUCCUCCACCACCUCCCUCUCCAUCCCAGAACGCUCCCCGUCGGACACCUCCGAACACCCGCGCUACAGGAGACACACCCAGUCUAGCCAUGAAGAAACUAUGCAGGAUGAGGACCAGCAAACCAUCACGGUGGAGGUGGAAGUGGAGGGAAGAUACGACAACGAACCCACCCUCGUGGCUCCCCAGGUAUCGCCGGAGGUCAGGUACGCAGCUUUCUCAUAACAUUUCAUAUUUACUUAGGAAAGCCAGAUAUCGAUGGGCGUAUUGAAUAAAGAAAGGUCUCGGUGAAGUGUUAUGGAAUUAAGGGCAAGCGAGGCGAUGCAAAUGCAUUGCCGCUAAAUCAAAAGCAGUGUUGGAUGUGAGAUCUGGGACGUCAUGGGAAUAAGGAAUUAGAUGUGCUUCAUUCGGCUGAGUUCACCUGCUGUAGCUCCUCAUAGUGAUGGGAAAACGGCGCCAUGGCAACUGCCUCAGAGGAGCAUAACCAAACAGGAAGCACUGGCAAUAAGUGCUCAAAUGUGUUUUUGUUUUGUUUUUUUGUGCGAGUCAGGACCAUUGGCAAUAUAUGCAGAAAUUACAUUUCUGUAACAAUUUGUAAAAUAACUUGGCAGUUUAAUUAAAUGUAUUCAUUAUUUAAAUAGCAUUUAUUUAUUCGAAAAUCUUCCUCGUUUUACAGCAAAUCAAUGUAAGGUAUUUUGAUAUUUGAGGUUCAUGCCGUACACUUCCAUACAAAUAGCGUAGCAUUAAAU